AUGGAGGAGCCCGCUGCCACCGCUCAUCGUGAUCCUGCAGAGGAACCAACACCGCAAUGCUCAGUGAUCUCCAUAUACCGAGCGAUGGUAGGAGGCGUACCUCGAAAUGUGACGGUGGUCUGGACCAAGAACCUCAUGAACCACUCGCUCUCCGUCUCCAUCGACAAGUCCAACGGCGAGAGCCCCUUAACGUGCAAGGUGGACCUCAAGCCAUGGCCAUUUUGGAGCAAGUUGAAGGGCUCCAAGUCCUUCGACGACGACAGCGAGCGCCUUGACGUCUUCUGGAACCUCCGGUCGGCGAAAUUCUCCGACGGGCCCGAGCCAUUGGAGAACUACUAUGUCGCACUCGUCUGCGGCGAGGAAGUCGUCAUGUUGCUGGGUGAUCUGAAGAAGAAAGCCUACAGGAAGACCAGGUCGAGGCCCUCUUUGGAGGACGUCACGUUGCUCUCCAAGAAGGAGAACGUCUUCGGAAAGAAGUGCUUCUCGUCCAGGGUGAAGUUCGAUGACCGGAAGAAGGAGCAUGACAUCAUCGUGGUGAACUCCAUCUCAGGGCACAAGGACCCAGAGAUGUGGAUCAGCAUCGACGGCAUCGUCCUGAUCCACGUGAGCAAUCUGCAGUGGAAGUUCCGGGGCAACGAGACGGUGUGGGUGGAGCAGGUGCCGGUGCAGGUGUUCUGGGACGUGCACGGCUGGCUCUUCAGAGGCCCCGGAUCGGGGCAUGCCCUGUUCAUCUUCAAGCCCGGAUUGCCGGCCUCGGCAGCGGCGGGGAACCGCGGCAGCAGCGGCAAGCCGACUAGCUCCAGGCGCAACAACAGCGAGAGCUCCUUGGUCAGCAGCUGUGGUGGGGGUGGGUCUCAGGAGUUCUGCUUCUUUCUGUAUGCCUGGAGGAUGGACUGA